AUGGAAGAAUCACAAUUCACAGACAACGCAUUGCAGAUCUUCAACACUGCUACCCAAAUAGCAAAAGACAACAGCCAUGCUCAGCUCUUGCCUUUGCACUUUUUGGCAGCAAUGGUCCCCACAGACUCAGAAACAUCCACUCCAUACUUGAAGACUUUGAUCCAAAAGGCCAGAUACGAAUGGCCAACCUUUGAAAGGGUGGUCAACAAGCAUUUGGUCAGGUUACCUUCCCAGAACCCUCCUCCAGAAGAUAUACGGCCCAGUUACGCCACUGGCCAGUUGAUCCAAAACGCCACCAAGAUCAAACAGCAACAGAAAGACAGCUACAUCGCACAAGACCACAUCCUCUUGGCAUUGUUGGACGACUCGUCUAUCAAGGACAUCUGCAAAGAAGCAGGCGUCGACGUCAAGGCCUUGAAGACCCAAGCCAUUGAGUUGAGAGGCAACCAGAGAAUCGACUCCAGACAGGCCGACUCGUCGUCCUCAUACGAGUUUCUCGGCAAGUACUGCGAAGACUUGACUGAAAAAGCCCGCCAGGGUGGAAUUGACCCUGUCAUUGGCAGAGAAGAAGAAAUCAGAAGAGUUAUCCGCGUGUUGGCAAGAAGAACGAAGUCCAACUCAGUAUUGAUCGGUGAGCCUGGUGUGGGUAAGACCUCGAUUGUUGAGGGGGUUGCCCAAAGAAUCAUCGACGGCGAUGUUCCCAACGUGUUGGCCAACUCAAGAUUGUUUGCCUUAGAUUUGGGUGCAUUGACUGCUGGUGCCAAGUACAAGGGUGAAUUCGAGGAAAGAAUCAAGGGUGUCCUCAGCGACAUCGAAAAGUCCAAUGAGAUGAUCAUUUUGUUCAUUGAUGAAAUCCACAUGUUGAUGGGAGACGGAAAGUCCGAUGCUGCCAACUUAUUGAAACCCAUGUUAGCAAGAGGUGCAUUGCACUGUAUUGGUGCCACCACCUUUGCUGAAUACAGAAAGCACAUCUCCAAGGAUGGAGCUUUCGAAAGAAGGUUCCAAAAAAUCGACGUGCCUGCCUCUACCAUUCCAGAAACUGUCGCCAUUUUGAGAGGAUUGCAACCACGGUACGAGAUCCACCACGGUGUCAGAAUUUUGGACAGUGCAUUGGUCACAGCCGCUCAGCUUGCCUCUAGAUACUUGACAUACCGAAGCUUGCCUGAUUCUGCGGUCGAUCUUAUAGAUGAAACCGCAGCUACCGUGGCAGUUGCUAGAGAUUCCAAGCCAGAAGAAUUGGAUAAUUUGGAAAGACAAUUGCAUUUAAUUGAGGUCGAAAUCAACGCUUUGGAAAGAGAUGUUGAGGCUGAUGCUGACUCUAAGGACCGUUUGGAAAUUGCAAGGAAAAGAAAGGCCGACCUCGAAGAGAAGUUGGGCCCCUUGAAGGAAAGAUUCAACCAAGAACGUGCAAGUCAUGAUUUAUUGAUUGCAGCAAAAAGAAAAUUGGAUGAGUUGGAAAUCAAGGCCCAAGAUGCAGAAAGAAGACAUGACACUGGUACCGCUGCGGAUUUGAGAUACUUUGCCAUUCCAGAUGUUGUUAAGCAGAUUGAAGAAUUGGAAGUCAAGGUUGCUGAAGAAGAAGUCAAAGCAGGUCCAGAUGCUUUGGUUGCCAAUGUCGUUGGUACUGAACAAGUUGCUGAAACUGCAGCAAGAUUGACCGGUAUUCCAGUAACUAAAUUGACCCAAGCUGAAAACUCCAAAUUGAUCAAUAUGGAGAAGGAACUUUCUUCUGCAGUUGUUGGACAAUCCGAAGCUGUUAAAGCUGUCUCCAACGCAGUGAGAUUAACCAGAUCUGGUUUGGCUAACCCUAACCAACCAGCUUCAUUUUUAUUCUUGGGCUUAUCUGGUUCAGGUAAGACUGAAUUGGCCAAGAAGAUGGCUGGAUUCUUAUUUGCUGAUGAGAGAGCCAUGAUCAGAAUCGACUGUUCUGAACUUGUUGACAAGUGGUCUGCUUCCAAGUUGUUAGGUGCAGCACCUGGGUAUGUUGGUUAUGAAGAAGGUGGUAUCUUAACUGAGCCAUUGAUCAGACGUCCAUACUCCGUCAUCUUGUUUGAUGAGGUCGAGAAGGCUGCUCCAGAGGUACUCACCGUGUUGCUUCAAAUUUUGGACGAUGGUAGAGUUACCAGCUCUCAAGGUAAGGAAGUCAACUGCUCUAAUGCUAUUAUCAUCAUGACUUCUAACUUGGGUGCAGAAUACAUCAAUGCAUCGAAGGGAUCUAAGAUUGACCAGAACACUAAGGAUUUGGUUAUGGGUAGUGUUAGAGCCCACUUCAGACCUGAGUUCUUGAACCGUAUUGCCAGUACCGUUGUGUUCAACAGGUUGUCUAAGAAGGCCAUCUCCAAGAUUGUUCGCAUUAGAUUGCAGGAAAUCCAGGACAGGUUUGCCGCAAACGGCAGGCAAGUCACAUUAGAAGUUGACAACGAUGCUUUGGAGUAUCUUUGCGAAAAUGGUUACUCCCCAGAUUUGGGUGCAAGACCAUUGAACAGACUUAUCCAGCAAGAAGUGUUGAACCGUUUGGCUGUCUUGUUAUUGAAGGGACAGAUCAAAGACAAGGAGGUUGCGGUUGUCACCUUAGGAGAGAAGGGACUUGAAGUGUUACCCAACCAUGAGGCUGAUGACGUUGACAUGGCUGAAGUGGAAGUGGACAACUGGCAAGACUCGGAGGAUGAAGACGACGAAGCUGAUUUUGACUAA